AUGGGCAAAAAAUGUACAGAAUUGGAACUGAAAAUGCCUUGGGGUCAAGUAUCAGCCAAAGCUUGGGGAUCGCCUGAGAAUAAACGUGUUCUAGUAGUUCACGGAACUUUGGAUAACGCUGGAUCAUUUACUAGACUUAUUCAAUUAUUACCGGAUAAUUAUUACUUUGUUGCAAUAGAUUUACCGGGCCAUGGGUUGUCUAGUCACUUUCCAGCAGGAAUAAAUUUAGACUUUUUCAAUUUUAUUCUUGCUAUCAAAUACGCAUUAGAUGAAUUGAAUUGGAAAAAAUGUUUAUACAUUGGUCAUAGUUUUGGAGGACAAUUAGGGAUACUUUUUAGUAUAUUAUUCCCAGACAUACUGGAGAGAAUUAUAAGUUUCGAUGCUUUGUUGCCGCGAGUUCUUGAUGAUAAAUUUUUGCUAUCAAGAAUCAAACAAACUUACGAAGCAACUUUAUCAGAUUUACACAAAAAAUUACCGGCUCGUUUGUACACAAAAGAUCAGGUAUUAGAUGCUUUGCAAAAUCGACGUCAAUUUCCAUUGAAUGGAGAAGCUGCUCAGGCAUUGUUUGAUCGAGCGGUCACUCAAAUUGGUGAUAAGUACCAAUAUAAUCGCGACAUUAGAAUGAAGCAAAUGUGUUUUCCUAAUUUUAAUCGAGAUCAAUACAUUGAAUUGACGAAAUUUCUUAAAGUACCAACAAUGAUCAUUAUAUCCAGUGAAUCUUGGUUUCACUUAUCACAAGACAAUCUUAAGAAUUUAGAAUUUUUUAAAAAACUUGUUCCAGCCACUUGGAUUUUCAAAGUUGUUGAAGGAAAUCAUGAUCUGCAUAAUAAUAAUCCGGAAAGAGUAUCGACGAUUGUAUCACCAUUUUUAGAUAGUAAUAUAAAAAGUAAACUUUAA